UCACACACAUCCUUGCCUAAGGCCUGUGGAGACAAGCAGCCUCAACCAAUCCCGUCCGGAGCUGCAGAAGAGCCAGUCGUUCUCAUCCCCGGGGCCCAUCACAACUCAGACUGGGACUCCGAGUCAGAAAAUGAUCAAUCAGUUGUUCCUCCAUCAGGUUGGCCGACAGCUUCCAUCAUAUUUUGCCCAAACUGUUAUUCAUGCAUGCCCUUCCUUUCGGUAUUUCGACUGCUGGACCCGAAAAACGUGAAAUGCAUAUUGGAGCAAGAAUGUGCUGACGCCUUGGCAAACCUUAGUGCAGCUUCUCGUUAG